AACAUUCUCACAAAACCUUAUUCUUCGAGUCGAAUCAAGAGUUUCAUUAUUUUCCCUUAAACCUUUUAAAAAUCAGUUUGAUAUUUUCUCUUCAACCGUAAAAUACAUAGAUAUUGAUUCAUAAUCAUAAACCUAUUUCAAAAGUAAAAUAAAGAAACAAAAACUAGCAAUGGAUAUGAUAACAGAGAUGGUUCUGGAGAGACCAGUGGUGAUAUACAGCAAAAGCUUAUGUUGCAUGUCCCACACGGUCAAGACAUUGCUCUGCGAUUUCGGAGCGAAUCCAGCCGUUUAUGAGCUAGAUGAGGUAUCAAGAGGGAGGGAAAUUGAGCAGGCCUUGUUGCGGCUUGGGUGUAGCCCAGCGGUUCCAGCAGUUUUUAUCGGAGGAGAGUUAGUUGGUGGAGCAAACGAGGUCAUGAGUCUUCAUCUUAACGGCUCAUUGAUCCCUAUGCUUAAGAGGGCUGGUGCAUUGUGGGUUUGACUUGAUAUAUUUAUCCAUAGUUAUUUGACACUAAGUACUAGCUACUUAACAUUAAAGUACUCAGAAUAAUGUUUUUUAAAAAAGUUCACACACAUCUAUGAUCUUUGACAUGGUGAUCAUAUGAGUCCAUGUAAGAUCAUGUAAGAUCACUAAUCAGGGUGUUGUCUUU